UGUAUACCAGAAACGUCUGGUAUAAAAUAAGUCAAUUGCUCCUCUAAUUGCUGAAAAUGUCAGUCAUAACCGCUCCAGUCCUUUAUUUCAUAAUACAAAUGUAAUGACUAGUCUCUCUGCUUUCUUUCUGUUGUGCAUAGUAAACAUUAGCUCCACGGAUUUGUCCUUUAAAGCCUUCUCUUGCCCUUCACUGUGUCCCAGUGAUACUUGUCAGUCCCAGGCUAAACUUAGCCCUGAGAACCACCAGUCCUCAUCACAACAUGCCCUGCUCACCACACUGGGUUACAAUGGAGGGUGUCGUGUUUCCACAGACGUCAAUGACAACACUGUCAAAACAAGCUGUCCACAUAAAGACGUGGCUCUAUCUGAUGUAGACGACUUCUUUUGAAAGGAGCAGAUGUAGAUCCUAAAAACUCUGCAGGUUUUUCUGUCUCGAUGGGCAGCCAUAGCUCAGUCCUCAUUCCUGACACUGAGGAGUUUGGCUCAAUUGUGUCGGAGAAGCUAAAUGAGCAGAUAGCCCAUGCUGCAGAUGAGAGGUUACAGUCAGAGCUUCAGACUCUGAUAAGACUCAUGAUGGAGAAGGAAAGAAAAGAAACCCAGAGUGAAGCGGUGGAUACUUUAACUCUUCAAAAAAACUGCCCAGAAACAAGUCAAAAUGGGUGUGGCCUGUCUGCAGCAGAAAGUGACGCCACGCCGUCCUUCUUCUCCUCUCUGCUCCCUGAGGCUCUCUCCUCUGUUCUUCAUCCGACGCUUCCGUCGGGCUUCAAACCUGCAGACCUCACACUCAGCAGAAAUCCACAGAACUCAAAGCUGGAGCGACUGCAGACAGAGCUGAGGGAGCUGAGGGAGCAGUUUGAGCAGAUGAAGACUCAACACAACAAAGAAAUUAAGCUGCUGAUGAACGAGCUGGACGAGGAGAAAAGGAUUCGUUUGACUUUACAGAUGGAGAUCCAACGUAUGAAGAAGCACAUGUCAAAAUGAGUGGCGUCAUCAGAGAAGGGCCUUGUUUAAAGGUUCAUUUUUAUAAGUUUAAUAAAAAAUCAUAAUAUUUA